CUCCAGGGAGGCCCGAGCCGGCCCUCCCCGAGCCGCCCCCUGGGCGCCCCACUUGCGCGCGCCGGGCGGCCUGGCCGCCGGCUUCGGAGGGGCCGCCGCGCCCUGCCCGCCCGGCAUGGCGAUCCGCGGGGGGCAGAACGGCUCUGCCUUGUUCAUCAAUUCCAAGACGACCAGCAAGCUCCUCGGCGACGACAACUUCCUGGCCUUGGAGGAGCAGGUGACUGUGAUCCCCAGAUUCACCAGCGACGACCCAGUGGAGACUAUCAAGGGUGAGUUCGGGCCGUUCCGCGCGCACUCGGUGGUCAGGGUCCCGCUCUGGGCCGCGCUCGCGAUGGACAAGCAGAACAAGUGCACCAUUGAGAUGCCGCUCUGGAUGCAGGAGGAGGAGAUGAAGCGCCUGCGCGACGCGGAGAAGCAGUCCAAUGUUCUCGAGAAGGUGCACGACCACUACAUCGAGAUCGCCCUCGCCCUGCUGUCGCAGUCCAAGACGUCCGACGCGGGCAAGCGGGAGAAGGCUCGAAUACGGUACCUCCUGCGUGAGAUCGUGGAGCUCCGCCGGAACAAGAUCGUUGAGGCCAUGAAGACCGAGAUCGAAGCUCAUCAAGAGGCGCUGAACGUGACCGGCAUGUCUGCCGCGGAGCGCAUCGUGAAGAAGAGGUGGACGAACAGGAGGAGCGCACCUGCUUCCGCACCCGCUCCCUGUACAUCGUGGACCACUUCGUCAGCCUCCUGGCCGGGAAGAAGGUGGCCCACCUGGAGGGCGAUCCCGAGUCCGCGGACACGAUGCAGGAGGAGGACAGCCUGAGAGCGGACAGCGGCCAUUCGUAGCACUGAGCGGCUUGCGCGGGCGGUGCGCCCUCUUCCCGGAGGGCGGCUCGAGGGGCGUUGGAAGAGGCUCGACGGGGAUCGCCUUCGACUGUUCGCGAUCAGAGUCGCAGAGGCUGCCACAGCUCUCGAGCCUGGCCCAGCUCCCCGCGGCGGGGGCGCGGGGAGGGAGGCCUGGCCGGCACUCUUUGCGUCGGCCUCGCACUUGGUGUGUAGUUUAGUUUUGGGGGGUGCUUGUAGGUCGAUUCGGCAACGAAUCCAACGGCAGCGCAGGCGAAGCGCAGACUGCCGCCAGUCGCUCGGCCGCGCGUCCCGGUUGGCCCUCGGCCAGUCCGCGCACGAUUUUUUGCUAGAGGCCGCUGCUGCUGCUGCUCGGGGGGUCAGCGGCGCUGCCCUUUCUCGGCCUCUCGCUCACGCUGGGCCAAAGCCCCCUCCUCCUCCUCCUCCUCCUCCUACUACUCCCUCCUCCUC